AUGGACCUGAUACCCGAACUCCCAAGCCGUGCAACUCUUGCUACCUUCAUUCUGAGAAGCAUUCCCUGUCUGUAUUUUUUCAAGAAGUGGUCGAAGGCGAACAGCGCCGUCGCUACCGCCAAGGCAAAGGCUGUGGAGGUGUCCAGCAAGGCAAAGAGCGCUGCCAAGGAGCUUUGGGCUUUGGGCUUGCUUCACAUGACUUCGGUGUGCAGGAUGGUCAUGUCCAAGCAACGGCGGCUGGAAUUGCAGGCGGUGCAGCCACUCUCGGUGCCACCGGCGGUGCCACUGGCUUGGCAGCCGGCACAGUCGUCGGGGCCGCGCUGGGAGUUGCUCCGGCCCUGUUCACCUUCGGCCUCUCCAUCCCGAUCGGUGCAGCCAUCGGCGGCGGAACUGGAUUGGCCGUCGGCACCUCCGUGGGUGCCGCAGCCGGCGCGGUUAGCGGUGGCGCUGCGGGCUACGGCGCUUAUGCCAAGCGCGGC